AUGUGUGAGACGCCUCACUGUAGCUCUGACUUAUGUGAGGACCAGACGCACUUGCUGAUGGGGGAAGAUCUAACAUUUGCCAGAGGGUUUAGCACUACACCUCAGCAGGGCGGACCCCCACCCUGUGUCCCCUCUCUCCCGCACCGUGCCCUGCAGCAGCUCUGCCGCCUGGACACAGCGGGGUCCACACCGGCCUCAAUAGGCAGCCAAGCGUUCCCCUGGCUCAUCACUGACACACCACAAACUGACAACACACUCGGCCAAGGAGCCGCCUCCACCGCAGAGAGCACCGGCAUCAGCCAUCGUCGCCACGUCUCAGUUUAA